AUGUUAAUAUCGCGACUACGUGUUGCAAGAUCUCGUCCGACAACGAAUGGAAGUAAAGAUCCAUUAACACUUCUCCCAUCACAUAUUGUACUACGUAUUAUGGCCUAUCUAGAUCCAGUUCUCGUGUAUCCCGUUACUGGCGCGCUUGUUUGUUCUGAACCAAUGCUAUGGCGGACACUCUGUCAACGUAGCGGCGGUGGAAGUGUCGACUCUGGUUCUGCGGAAGCAGAAUCAUCUCAAUUACGAAGCCAUACAUCUGAAUGUGGUACAGUUCGAUGGAAAGAAGCGUUUUCCGAAAGAUACAGGCUUUGGAGAAAUUGGCAUGCAGGGCGCUGUGUAGUACGCACGUUUACGGGUCACACUCAAGGCAUCACAUGUGUUCAAUUUGAUGAUGAUCGAAUCGUUAGUGGUUCGUCUGACACCACUAUACGCAUCUGGGACUUGAGAGGAUCAAGCGAUGUUGGAAACCUUGGAACAAUGGCACUGAAUGGUCAUUCGGCUACUGUUCGCUGUUUGGACUUGAAUGGAAACGUCUUGGUGUCUGGUUCCAAUGAUUUUUCGAUUAAAGUAUGGAAUGUUGAUGUCAACCCGAGAUGGUCUUCUAUUGGAUGUCGUAUGACGAUGCUCGGCCAUUCGAAUUAUGUUCGGUGCCUGCAGGGUAUGGCGGACUCUUCGUCAGGCUAUGGAUUGCAUGCAAUACGGGAGGGUGUGCGAACACUUGGUGGACACAACGAUUCGGUAUUAUGCGUGCAGUACCGCGAUCGAGACUCAUUGGCUGUGUCUGGAUCUGCAGACAAUUCCAUCAAAUGUUGGGACACAAGGACGGGCAGGCCGGAAAUGACAAUACAUAAUGCACAUGAUAACGCGGUCACGUGUGUUCGUUUCGAUGAUCAUCGCAUCGUUUCUGGUAGUGUCGACAGGAUGAUAAAAAUGUGGGAUGUACGAACAGGGAAGUGCAUGCAUACUAUCGAUUGGAAAUUGGCUGAGGGUCACACUGGGGUAGUCCGCUGCCUUCAAGUGGACACAUGGAGGAUUGUAAGCGCAGCAGAUGACAGAACAAUCAAG